AUGUGUCACAGCACAGAGUUGCAGAGGAUGCACAAGCUGUGGGUGUGGCAGGAGCUUUAUACCAGUUGUGAUAAGAAAAAUAUCUCUCAGACCAAGAAGGUUGCCCUCAUCACUGGCAAGGCUAAGUCUCAGGUUACUACUGAGGAUGUUCCUGCUGAACUCCUGGAGAAGACAGAGAAGAAGUCUGAGGAGAAGGGAUCCAUGGCUGCUGUCUCUGAAAGUAUUUCCCUGGCCUUACUGCCUCCUGAAGCCAUACAGCUUGUGGCAACUGGACACAUCACUGAUGUCCGUGCUGAAAAAGCUCUGGUGAAGGCUGAAGCCAAGGAGCUGGUGAUGGACAGCCUGAAGACUGCAGCUUCCAAAGUUGUGGAGGACCUCAUAGCAGCAGCCAAUGAAAUGGUUGGCAUGGAUACUCCCCUGGAUACUGAGAUCUCUCAGACCAAGAAGGUUGCCUUGAUCACUGGCAAGGCUAAGUCUCAGGUUACUACUGACGAUGUUUCUGAUGAACUCCUGGAGAAGACAGAGAAGAAGUCUGAGGAGAAGGCAUCCCUGGCUGCUGUCUCCAAAAGUCUUUCCCUGGCCUUACUGCCUCCUGAAGCCAUACAGCUUGUGGCAACUGGACACAUUGCUGAUGUCCGUGCUGAAAAAGCCUUCAUGAAGGCUGAAGCCAAGGAGCUGGUGAUGGACAGCCUGAAGACUGCAGCUUCCAAAGUUGUGGAGGACCUCAUAGCAGCUGCAGUAGAGAUGGUUCACAUGACCACUCCCCUGGAUACCCAGACCUCUCAGACCCGGAAGGUGGCCCUCAUCAAUGGGAAGUCUGAAAUUGCUGCCGAGGAUGAACUCCUGGACAAGGUUGUGAAAGAGUCUGAGAAGAGGAGAUCCCUGGCCCUGAUCUCUGUCUCUGACUGCCCUCUCUUGACCACACAGCUUCCUCAGGUAUGA